UCGAUUCAAAUUCAAAUUAGAUUCGGUCAAUUUUGGUUUAUUUUAUAAAAGUUUAUUACGGCGAAAACUCACCGACUUUUUAAUUGAAGAAAGGCGUCGAGAAGAUGUUCAAGUAACUCGACAAUUACUUAAACAGAAUACAAUGCAACGCACUAUAGCCAGUCCAGUCCCUCAUGAAUUCGAUAAAUGAACAUUUUUUUUUAAUUGAGUUGUAUUUUUUUAUUGUUAUGAAACAAGAUGAUUUUGUAAAUACUAAGAUAGAUGAAAUAAAUACCGAUUGGAACCUGGUAUAACUAAAUUCACUGAAAGUGAAACAAUCAAAAAAAAAUAUCUUUGUCUAGUAUAAAAUUCAUUACAUUAGAUAAAAACUAGUCAUUGGUUCCAUAUAAGAUCUUUAAAGAGCCAUCAUACGAUGAUUUACGGCAGUGUUCAAUCAUAUUUACGAUCGUAUACGACCAACGUAACACGCCGUAUUUCGUCGUAUACGACACGACGACUUACGGUCGUAAUUCUAGAGUCAAGUAAUACGACGAAAUACGAUCGUAUACGAUCGUUUACGACCGUCGUAACGUUCAUCCUGGGUAGUGAUCAGAGCUCCGGUUACAAUGGGAUGGGACGAAAAAAUCGUUCCAUAGGACCAAAUGAUUCGUCCCAUCCCAUCCCAUGAGUUCCAUGGAACGACGAAAAGAAUAUAAAAAGACUUUUUAAGACUUGAAUAGAUUUCCAUGAUUUCCUUAUUCAAUCAUCUCAGUUUCCUUCUAUAUGUUCCGAAUUAGGUCUAUUUGUUUGAUAUUUCUUUUUUUAUCGACCACAAAUCCUAUUGAGUUGCUUAAUAACAGGCUUAGGAGCUAAUGAUGUUAGAAUCUUAAUGAACUUCAACGAAUCUCGUAGUAAAUUCAUUGCAGUUUAUUGAGAUUCGCUUCAAGUUAUUAGAUUUCACAAAAUUCAGGAUUCACUCUUUCGUACAAUAUCUGAAUUCUAUAUUGCUAAACGCCAGAAAAUAGUCACGCUUCUUUUGUGGAACUCACAUAUAUUUUCGAAGAAAAUGGUGAGUGUAAGUUUGAAGGCGAGAUUUUUGCGGCUCCCCCCUCCCUCCCCAUUACAGACAUCAAUGAGUUUAAAAUUGUGCUAAUUAGGAGCUUGACUAAUUAGGCUGCUAUUUCUUCCCUUUUUAAUUACAGACUACACGAAAAAGCUAUGCUUGCCCAUUACAGACCAUAGUAACUAAAUUAGGGUAUCAUUACAGACCAUAGAAACUAGUAUCUGACAUUGUUAAAUAUACUAGCUAACAAUUCAUACUCGAUUACAGACAUAAGACAAUAGGCAAUGACCUAAUUAUAGGUUUUGGAAAUCAGGAUAGAUUUUUCCGAUGAACUAUUUUGAAUUAUUUUAGUAAGCCGAAGGGAUAUAUGUGAGUUCCGCAUUUUAGCCCCAAAGCGGCUGCACUAAUAAGCUUUUUGUUAUUAUAUUUGGGUGUGGGUGUGAGUGUUCUCAUCACGAACAAUCACACCCACAUCCUCAAGAUGAACUACUACCGUAUAAUCUUGUACCGGUUGUUGUUCCAGAAUUAAAAUCGUUGACAGUAGGUCGCGUACUGGCUGGAACAGGACUUGAAAGUUCGAGUUUUCUCUAUGGACAAUUUGGUGAUUCAUUGAUUGAAGCUACUUAUAUUUUAAGUGAUGGCUGAGUUAUAACUUGUAGUCCUACGGAAGAUUCUGAUUUAUUCUGUGGAGCACUGGGUGCAUGGGGUACGUUUGCAUUGUUGAUUACUGCAACAUUAAGUGUAAUAACUGCGAAAUCAGGCUGUUUGGUACGAUGUAAUUACUUUCGAACGAAUCGACCUAUCGAAUAUUUAUCAUCUCUAAAUCAUGAAGAUUACGUAGAUGCUAUUGUGUUUUCUGAUUACACUGCGGUUAUUACAGGAGAAAGAAUUGACCCACUGUCUCUACCAAAGACACCAAAAAUACAAAUAUUUUCAAAAGCAUGGGAUCCGUGGUAUUAUCAACAUGUCAAAGCACUCUACAGUAAAAGUGACUUGAGAGUGAUCACUGAAUACAGGGGACGUUAUUCCCUGAAUCCGUUGCAAGACAUAGUUCAACAUUUUCCACGUUCUAUUCGUAAUAUAUUGAAUUUUCUUCCAUUCGGCAGCUAUAAUAUUGUUAGUAGGACACUUCUUUCGCCAGUUUUUACCACAUCCUCACUCUACAAACGACUUCAUGCUUCACCAAUUUCAACAAUUGCAGAUACUAUACUGAUUCAAGAUAUUUACAUUCCUAAAUCAAAAUCAAAAGAAUUUCUAUCUUUUCUACAAUCAGAAAAGUUGUUUAUGCAGGGGAACGGUGUACUUGAACCAAUCUGGCUUUGUUCAAUUCGUUUAAUUGAUACACCACAAAAAUUGAGUCCACAUUUUAAGAACAUCGGUGGAAAUAAUGAAGACUCAUCAUUCAUCAAUUUUUGCCUGUGGAGUCGUCAAUUUAGUUGGCAAUCCGGAUCUUCUAACGUUAGAAACGUAACAAAACUAUUAGAUAAAAAGCUAGGAGAUUAA